GCCUGCAACUGACUUCCCCAGGGAGAGCCAAGGAGCCACACUGAAGCACAGGUCUGCAUUUAGCAACGGAUGCUAAAAGGACACUGGAUUAUUAAUUACAGGAUCUGGUAGCAAAGACCUACAGCAAACACUGACACUGCCUAGGAAGUGUCUGUGUGGUGAGCCGAUCUUCAGAGUACCUGGCUGCGACUCACUGCGCAGGCGCCAACUCAAUACAUGCAGUGUUUUGGUAUAUGGGGCUUUAAUGGUAUUAUUGAGCCUGAACCGUCUGAGCACAUAAGGAUGGAACAGAAAUAUGCUUUUUCUUGCCUUUUAUUCCUGCUCCUCAUGGAUGGCUGCAGAUUAGAACAUAUUAAGAAUUCAGAGACAUACUGUGUCUUCCAAGACAGAAAAUAUCGAAUUGGCGAGAGAUGGCACCCUUACCUGGAACCAUAUGGACUUGUGUAUUGUGUUAACUGUCUGUGCCGUGAGGGAGGAAAUGUAUUGUGCAGUAGAGUGAGAUGUCCAAGUCUGCACUGUGGUAAUCCAGUCUAUACUCCACAACUGUGCUGCCCGCGAUGUCCAGGGGAUGGCAUGUUGUCCUGGGAGCACCAUGAAACAGAGACAUUUCGACAGCCAGCAAACAGAGAGGCACGGCAUUCAUAUCAGAGAUCUUAUGACCAUUCAUCUGGCUCAAGUGCUUUGAGACAUGCAUUGAGCCCCCCUAAACACCCUAGUACAAGAAGUAACCGUGGAGUUGUCGCUGACCCUCAACAAGCUUCAGGAACUAUUGUACAGAUUGUCAUAAACAACAGCCACAAGCACGGGAAAGUGUGCGUCUCAAAUGGGAAAACAUACUCCCACGGAGAGUCUUGGCACCCUACCUUGCGAGCCUUUGGAGUGGUGGAAUGUGUGCUGUGUACGUGCAACUUCACGAAACAAGAAUGCAAGAAAAUAAGCUGCCCGCAGGAAUACACGUGUAAAUAUCCUCAGAAAAUAGAUGGGAAGUGCUGUAAAGUAUGCCCAAAGGAAAUCCCAGAGCCGCAGUCAGGUGACAAAGAUUAUCUCUGUGAGGAGACCAUCCCUGUCUUUGAGUCUGUAUUGAUAGAGGAAGGCGAAAUGGUCAGGAAAAUAGCAGUGGUGACAGAAGAGCCUCCAGUAGCAGAAAUUCACGUAUGGAUAAUCCAGAAAGGUGUUCUGCACGAGUUUCACACAGAAAAAAUGUCUAAGGAAGAAUUUGAAGAUCAGCAGGAAUUUAAACAGAUAACACGGACAACUGCAAGCCAGUGGAAAAUCUUUAGCGAGGGCGAAGCUCAGAUCAGCCACAUGUGUGAAACUCGAAUUUGCCGGACAGAACUGGAAGACUUGGUGAAGGUUCUGUACCUGGACAAGACUGAAAAGGGUCAUUGUUGAGAGCAAAAACAUUGAACGGGAAGAGAAAACCAGAGACCGCCUAAAGACAUUGGAUUCGUAGCCGGACUGCAAGCUGAUUCUGCUUAAGUCAACAUUGUCGCCAAACCCAGAAUGUAGGGACUAUUAAGAAUGGUGUGUUGAAGAAAAGUAACUGGCAGAUCCAAGUGUGUAGGAGUCUGUGAGCAGUUAAAUGCUUCCUCUUAUGCCUAAGAGGGUUGGCAUCAACUGUGAAAAAAACACAGGUUUCUUCUUUACGAGAAAAAAAAUGUUUAUUUGGAAAGUUAAAAUUAAUGGAAUAAGCAUAACUUAAUAGAAGAACGGAAGGCCCAUAACGUAGAAACUUCACAAUUCAUAUGUAUAUGCGUGUCUGCCUGAACAUACCCGCGUGGUGAAUAGUUCCCCAAGUGUGGCAUUUAAUUAGAAGGCAACAUAUUAUAUUGGCAUUGACACAACUAUGCCUGAUUUUGCCACUAAAUUUGGAGUUUGCUUUUCAUGUAACCUUGAUUAUGCAAAGGUUUCUAUUCUUGUCUUUAACGCUUUACUGAGCUUCCAUUGUGCAGGUUUUGUGUUGCAGGACAAUCUGACAUUAAUACAAAUUAAGGAGUUUUCCCCUAUAAAUCAUGAUUCUGGGCCAAAGCUACUUAGAUUUAACUGUUUAGCCUCACUAGGAUCAGGCUGUUUUAAAUGUUCUUCUAAACGAUCUUGACACCACUAUGAAUGCAGUGGUCGUGUAUUAAAGAGAAUAAACCACCAGCCUUUAAAAUGUUUUAGAGUGUGUAAAGCUUUUAUAUAGGUUUGUAUUGGUUAUCCCUUAGGGCUCAUUCACAGGACUAGUGUGCUAUCUGUUUUGUUUUUUUUACUUUUUUUCAGCACACAGACCCUUUCAUUUCUAUGGGGCCAUGCACAAAUCUUUUUUUUUUUAUAUAUUUUGCAGAUCCAUAUAUUUGAUCUGCAAACCUCCUAUUCUUGUCUGUAUUAGCAAAUAAGAAUAGUCCUUUCUAUUGGUGGGAGUGAAAAGAAUAUGGAAUGCACAUGGAAGCUAUAAAUGUUUUGUUGAUCCGACUGAAAUACAGACAUGGUCAUAUGCAUGUGGCUUUAUCUGCAGGAAUUUCUAGAGGCUGCAAAAUACAGUAUGUCUCUAUAUAAAAUAUAUGAUUUUCUUCUUCUGCUGUAGCUUUACCUCCAGGUAAUAUUAAAAAAAUAUAUGGAAUAAGUUUUGUCAAGCAACAUUUAAAAAACUGACUCUAAAGAAAAACACAAGUCACUUGACCCUUGAGUUGUCCUAGCUAUUUGAAUUGCAUUUGACAAUUUCCUGUUAGGGUGCUGCCACACAUUUAGGCUUUUUGAUGAAGUUCUGGAAGCCAAAAUCUGGAGUGGAUCUUAACAUGAGAGAAAAUAUUAAGGGCAGAUAUAACUUCUCAAUCUUUUCAAUUCACUCCUGGUUUUGGCUAAAAAAACUGCACCAAGAAACCUAAACGUGUGGCAGUACCCUUACUGAGGAGGCAUAACUCCACUUUGUUACGUCAACAAUGAAACUGCAGAACCAAGAAGGAAACGUCAUGAAAUUAUGGAAAUCACAGGAUCAACAGACAUGUUAAUGAUAUGCAAAUGAUAAAAAAUGGAAACAGAAUAUUUAAAACAUCUCGAUUUAUACAUUAUUGAGUAUGAUCAUUACACACAGAAAUGCACACGUUUACAUGCUAUCAGUGAGGUUCCUAAUGAUUCUCUGAGGAAUGUACUACCAUGCUGAAUGCACUUGGGCAUGCAAUUCAUCAAGAUCUUCUGCUGGCAGCUCCCUGUGCAAUUGCCAGCCAAUGACGUCCCAGAUGUGCUCAAUGGGAGACAAGUCCAGAGAUGUUGCAGGCCAUAGUAGCACAUUUAGGUCAUGCAGGCUACUCACAGUAGCACAAGCAACAUGUGGUCUGACGUUGUCCUGUUAAAGACUGCUCCUAGGACACUUUGGAGAAAUGGCCGUACCACUAGUUCCAUGGUCAAAUCAAUAUAACGACAAGCUGUUAGUGUACUGUACCUGGAAUGAAGACUAGAGGGGUCCGGCUACUAAACAUUAUGCCAUUCCACACUAUAAUAUCUGGAGUAGGACCAGUGUGACAUUCCCUUGUAAAGGCCUCCUAAUGGUGUUGCCUACAUGGUAUCUGGACCAAUCUCUGGCUAUCUUUGCAUAUGAGACAAAAGCGGGACUCAUCACUGAAGAGAAUAGAUCUCCAUUUCAGCCUCCAUUGCUGUCCUGCUGUGCACCAUGGUAUCCUUUGAGAGUGGUAGCGUUAGGUCAAUGUAACAUCUGUAGCUGGACAUCUGGCUCAUAACCCAAUGUUGUGCAAACGCCUUCUGAUGGUUUGUGUAGAUGCUGUUUGCCACCCUGGGCUUGAGAUGUGACAUCCAGUUUCACUUGCAGUACAAAAUGGGUCACUAUGCACCAUUCUUCUAAUCCGUCUGUCCACAGGUUCGCCUCUGUGUACCUCUUGCUGCCAUUCCAGUUCUUUCUUGUUCUCCCAACCACAGGGACACAAAACAUUAAACAAUUCUGACUUCUCAGCCUAAACGAGUAGCAAUCUGCCUUGAUAAACCAAGCUUUCUCAGUUCAAGGAUUCUGCCCCUCUCAGUUUGUGACAGGUAGCAAUAACUGGCAUGUCGACAAACAGGAGGCAUCGCACAAUCAUCCCAUAUGCCUUGAUCCAAUUUUUGAGGUUUCAUGUGGCUUAAAACUUUUAAUAUGGCUUUUAUGUCCCCCCCCCCCAUCCCACGUGCCACAGAUUGGAGCUAGGUGUUUUAAAAAGUGACAAUUUACAGAUCUUAGCGACACCUGCAACUUUCUUGAUUUGCAUAACCUUAUGGCUUGUCCUUCUUGAUGUUGCAAUUUCAAUGAGUGUAUUUCACAAUGUCCAAAAAGCAGCUGAGAUAUACAGUUUGGAAAAAAGUAAGCUUCCUGGACUUGUGACUAUGACAUGACAGAUAUAAGGGAUAACUGCAGAAGUACUUAAAUAUUUUGAAUGGAGUUAGACUUUAUCAUUAUGAUAUGUGAAAGUGCUACAUAGCAAGUGUAAGUAAAGUAUAUGUCAGUAUUGUUGAGCCUUAUUAAGAGCAGUAUACAGUAGGUGUGCAUUCAAUGUGAGAUUUACCAUAUAAGAAAUAUUGUGAAAAGUUAUGAAGAAUUCUAAAACUUUAUUUUAAACAUUUUGUGUACUGUGAUAGUCUGGUGCUCUCAACCCUAUAUACAGUUCAAAUUAAAGAGGA